AUGGGUACGGGCGGGUUGCGGAAGCCUGGGAUAAACCGGGAGUUUGCCCAAGCAUCCUGCCCAACGAGCGCUAGAGCCCUAGCAGCACGCUUGAGCAGGGUCCCCAUUGACUCCAUCAACAGGGCGACGAACCAGGGUUCCCUAGUCCAGCCUAGUCCAGGUCCAGGUCAAGGGCGGCUGACAAGACAAGAACGAGGUUUUGGUGCCCAGCAAGUCCAGUUGAGAAACACAUGGCUCGGAUUCACGAUACAGAAACGUCGCUAUUCGACUGCUGUGUUGAUGUCCAAUCCAUACUAUCUUUUUAGGGCAAAGCCAAAGACCACACACAACAUCUUGCCUAGACCGCUGUGCCAAAUGGGGACUUGGCUCUGGUUCAACAAGCUUUCACCGUUGCGAUACAACGGUCAUACAACUUUGGUACCCUCCAUAAGCAACCAUCACUCGAUUCUCGUUCUGUCAAGUCCGCACCCAGUUUCACCUCACAAGCAGGCAUUUCCCCCGUCUCACUACGCUGCUUUCGUGACCAGCCGACCUCUCGCCUGUCACGCCCUCGUCAUCUUUAAGUGGCGCACUUACCAAUUCAAAUUUACGACCCCUCACUCGACGCCUGUUGCGCAAGUUCAGUUCUUCCUCGCCCCUCGUACCAAACCAACGCUUCCCGUUCGCCUUUGCUCCGGCUCUCUCUUACUGAUUGUCGUGGGCAGAGGGCAUCCCACCCAAGUAUUUGCAAUGCUCAAACAACGCCCCUCCUCCAGAGCCCCAACUUCAGCCAGUCGCCCUACUGAGACGUCUACUUCAUCGCACACUACUUAUAGCGACGACUCUUCUCAAGAAACAGGCAGCCAGGGCUAUAGUUCUGACGACCUGUACGACGACGAAGACGACUACGACGACGACGACGGUCUUGGCCCGUCUGACUCGGCUUCAACAAGCGAUCACGAUCAGGGUUAUCGCCAUCACGUACCGGCUCCGCGUCAGCACCAACUCCCUUCUCACCACCCAUACGCACAACAACAACAACAACAACAACAACACCAAUUUCCCCCUCAGCAGCAGCAACAGCUAGCUCACCACCAGCCACCUUCUCGUCAACUGCCGCCUCACCAGUCGCAUCAGUUACAGACUCGUCAACCACCAGGUCCUCCCCAGGAUCCUUACUCACCUGAAGAGGAGCCCAGACAACCUGUCCGUCGACAGCGGCGCGAUCGUGCAGCGCCACCCACCGCCAAUCUGGAGGAUCCUUAUGGAUAUGGCGCGCCCAUUGGCCGUGGUGCAUAUGGACAUCCAUCGGCAGCGGCGCGCCCUCCUCACCCAGGCGCAAUGUACGGCAGAGGCCAACAGCCCGGUUACCAGAAUCAAAUGGCACCUUAUAUGGGAGCAGGAUACCCUGCCAAUGGCCAGAUGGUGCCAUUCGGUGGUUACGGUGAUCCAACCAGCCCCUACGGUGCUCCUGGAUAUGGUGGAGAAGGCAGAGGCAUGUUCGACAUGAUGCCUUAUCAACAACAGCCACCACCGCAAAACGGUUUCUACGGUGCCGUACAGCCUCAUCACUUCAGUCUGCAGGCUCAAAUGAGCGGGAUGCAGCUACAACAUCGCUCGCCGCCACCACCUCCUGCCCCCACUGAGCCACCUGCUAAACCAGCGACGCCAGCUCCUCCCAAGGAAGACCCAGAAAAGAUUCGAUUGGAAGCCGAGAUCGCUGCUUUCAAAGCUAUGGAGGAAAAGGUCAAGGCUGCCGAGAAGCAAAAAGAGGCAGAAGCACAAAUCCGAAAAGAAGCUGAGGAGGCCUUCCAUCGAAGAAUGGAAGAUAUGAGAUUGGCUCAGGAAGAGGCCAAGAAAGAAAUCGAGAAAGCUAGAUUGGAGGCAGAGAAGGCAGCCCGGGAAAGAAUGGAAGCCGAGCGAAAGGCCGAGGAAAAGCGUGCGCAAGAGCAUGCUCGAGCCAUGGCAGAGGCUGAAGAGAAGGCCCGACUCAGAUUUGAAGCUGAGAUGAAGGCUGCUGAAGACCGAAGAAAGGCUGAGGCUGAGGCUCGGAUCCAGGCCGAAGAAGAUGCCAGGAGGAAGUUUGAAGCUGCUGCAAAGGCGGCCGAAGAACAGCGAAAAGCAGAGGCUGAAGCUCGUGCACAAGCUGAGAAGGAUGCUCGUGAGAAGUACGAAGCUGAGAUGAAGGCAGCUGCCGAACAGCGCAAGGCAGAGGCUGAAGCCAAAGCCAAGGCCGAAGAGGAAGCUCGCCUAAAGUAUGAGGCUGAAUUGAAAGCAGCCGAGGAGCGUGGUAAGAGAGAAGCUGAAGAGCGAGUCAGAGCCGAGCGAGAGGCUCGCUUGAGGUUCGAAGCUGAGCUGAGGGCAGCUGAGGAGAGGAGAAUUAAAGAGGAGGAAGAGCGUAAACAGGCUGAAGAGCUUGCGCGCGUGCGUUUCGAGAAGGCCUUGCAAGAGGAGGCGGCAGCUAAGGCCGCUGCUGCACAGAAGGCACAGGAGGAAGCUGAGCGUCUCAUGAGAGCUGAGCAGCAAGCUAAAGAAGAUGCCGCAAAGAAGGCCGCCGAAGAGGCUGAAAAGCUUAAGAAGCUUGAAGAGGACGCCCGCGCGAAGGCCGAAGCGGACACUCUCAAACGGAUCGAAGAUGAAAAGAAGAAGGCUGAAGAAGCUGCUGCCGCCGAGGCCGCUGCCAAGAAGGCCGCUGAAGAGCUCAAGGCAAAGAUCGAAGAGGAGACCAAGGCCAAGCUUGAGGAAAGCAACAAGACCGCGGAGAAGGCUCCAAUUCGAUUCAAAGACGCCGUAGGUCGCAAGUUCAGCUUCCCUUUCCACCUAUGCGCCACUUGGCAGGGUAUGGAAGAUCUUAUCAAGCAGGCUUUUAUGCAGGUUGAUGUCUUGGGCCCUCAUGUCAUGGAAGGCCAUUACGACCUCAUCGCCCCUGAUGGCGAGAUCAUCUUGCCUUCUGUCUGGGAAAGGGUGGUCCAACCCGACUGGUCAAUUACUAUGACGAUGUGGCCGAUGGAUAAGCUACCUCAGUUGGGACCAAAGAUGCCUGGACCUAAGCACCCCCAUGCUAUCCCUAUCCCGCCUGGUGGACGCCCCAUGGGCAUGGGCAUGGGAAUGGGUAUGGGCACGGGCAUGCCCCCAGGUAUGCGACCAGCUGGUUUACCUCCACAUGGCCGUAUGCAAGGACCAGGAGGAAUGCCACCACCUCCGGGAUGGCAUGGAGACAUGCGUCCUGGGCCACCACCUGAAAUUGUUACUGUCAAUCCUGGGCCUAACAAGUCAAGCAAGUCCAAGAAGACAUCCAAGGACCACGGUUCAGGUAUGGCUGGAUUCUUGUUCGGCAAGCCCCAGAAGAAGAGGUCUAGCAGGAAAUGA